UUUUGUUUUGUUGAUUCAAAUAAAAAUUCUCAUCAGUGAAGAAUAAAAACUUUUUGUUAAAAUUUUUCACGAUUGAAUCAAUCAAUUGGCAACCGACACCAUUGCCAACGAAACAAUUUUAUUGUUUCAACGGUUCUGGUUAUGGAAUGGAGCCUAUCAUCGAAGUUGAGGAUACGAACGAAGAAGAUUAUAGUUUUUCUGGUUCCGUGUCCUCUUCAACACCAUCACCUCCACAUGUUACUUCUUUAUCAUCUGCUAUUACAAUUGGUACACAAUCAUCAUCAGCAUCAGCAUCAUCAUUAACAUCAUCAACAACAACAAAAACAUCAACCAUACAACAAUAUUCACAACUACAAGCGAUAACUACAGCAGUGACAGAAACGCCUACAGCUAUAAAUGAAACAAUAGCAUCAACAUCGGCAAACAUAAAUGAAUGUGAUUUAAUUGAUGAUCAUUCAAAUAUACAACUUUUAUCACCGAUUCAAACAACAACAGUUACAAUGAAUCAAUCAAAUAUUAUUCAUAAUUUGGAUAAUGAUCCAUUAACAGAUCUAUCCAGUAUGAAUCAAAAUUCACAAUUUCGUUCACGUGCCUAUACAUGGCCACAAUCGUUAAGUUUUCAACAACAACAACAAGAUGAAGAACAACAAGAUGAAUAUGGUGAUGAUCAAAUACAUGGUGAUGAUGGUGAUUUUGUUGAUAUGGUCAUCGGUAUUGGCUGUGAUGGUGUCUCAAAUGCAAUCAUCAAUCCAUCAUCUAUUGUAACAUCAAUGGAUUUAACUGAUGUUGAUUCUACAUUAUUAUCAACAUCGAAUCGACAUCAUCAUCAUCACCAUCAUCACCACCAACAACAACAACAUCAACCAUUAUCAUCAUCAUCAUCAUCAUCAUCUAUACAACAACAAACACAGCCAUCAUAUUUGUUGCCAAACAAUGUUGAUACACCAAUGUAUAUGUUUGAUGAUUCAGUGAUUAAUGAUGGCCAUAACGAUCCAAAUGGAUCAAUAAAUUCAAUACAAAUUCUUUCCUCGCAUCAAUUUUCGCAGCCAACCCUACCACAACAUUCGCAUCAACAACAUCUAUAUCCGUCUAAUAAUAAUAAUACCUUUCGAUCAUCAUCACCAUCAUCAACAUCAAUCAAUGAAAAUAAAACUAUCCAAAAUCAUUCAUCUUCAUUAUCUACCUCUGCAUCUUCAUCAAUGACAACAUCGAAUAAUCCGGAUAAUUUGAAUGAUACAGAACAACAGAAACAACAAUUAUAUUAUACAACACCGGCUGAUAAUAAUAAUGAUACAACAACAGCAACAUAUUCUAGUCUAAAAAUUAAUACAACACUUGGUAUUUGUGCAAGUGAUUCACAAUUAUCCAAUGGACAAUCUCCAUAUUUACAUCGUUCUGGUUCCGAAUCCGGUACAUCAUCAUCAGCAUCAGCAAAAAAAGUUACAUCAAGACGUAAUGCAUGGGGUAAUUCAUCAUAUGCUGAAUUAAUUGCUCGUGCAAUUGAUGGAUCACCGGAUAAACGUUUAACAUUAUCACAGAUAUAUGAAUGGAUGGUACAAAAUGUUACAUAUUUUAAAGAUAAAGGUGAUAAUAAUUCAUCAGCUGGUUGGAAGAAUUCGAUUCGUCAUAAUCUUUCAUUACAUAAUCGUUUUAAACGAAUACAAAAUGAAGGAACGGGAAAAAGUUCAUGGUGGGUUAUAAAUCCGGAUGCUAAACCUGGUAAAGCUCCUCGCCGUCGUGCAAUUUCAAUGGAAACACAACAUUACGAAAAACGUCGUGGCCGUGUUAAACGUAAAGUUGAACAACUUCGUAUGCAAGCAAGAAAUUUUGGCCAAUUAGGUGAUAAUAUUUCAUUGACUACGUUGUCCGAAUAUCCAAAUAUGAAUAAAUCGACUGAUGGUUCAAUGAUUUCAUUAACUGGUUAUCCAGAUCCAUUGAUCGACAACGAUAAAGGAAUCAUUAAUCAAACAAAUUUAAGUUUGACAAGUUUAAAUUUAUCCGAUUCGAUCAGUGGUGGUCAUUGUUUACCAUGCAAUAAUAUUCAUGUUACAAGUCCUGGUUCAACCGAAAGUUUUGAUAUAUUUGCUGAUCCAGCAAUGAAUCAUAUUGGAUCAUAUUUUCAUUCAUCUAAUUAUAGUCCAAAUGAAUUUAGACCACGUGCAUCAUCUAAUGCAUCGUCUACCUGUUCGAAUUUGCUGCUCGAUAUUCAAGACAAUCAUCAGUCAUCACCAAUGUCACAUUGGUAUGGGUCCAAUCAAAUAAGCAAUGGCUAUAAUAAUAAUGGUAAUCAAACGAAUUUGGAUUCACAUCUAAUGGAAUGUUUACAUUUGGAUACUGUACAAAUUGAUUCGCCAAAUCAUAUAGCAGCUGAUUCUAAUUAUCAAUUAUUGGUUGAACAACAACCAAAUGAUGUACAAAUGUUAUCGACAACAUCGCUUACAACAAAUAUUGUUGAUGAACAAUCAUCAUCAGCAAUAAUGACAAAUCAAAUGGAUUCAAAUGUAAAUGCGCAAAUUACCAACACAAAAAUUGAUACACAUUCUCAAUUACAAAACAAUUCAACACUUUCAUCAUCGGCAACAUCAUCAUCGACAUCAUCAUCAACAUCAACUAGCUCAACAUCACCGAAUAUUCGUCGUGGUUCAUAUCGUGAUCUCUUUAAUCGGGUUCAACAGGGACAACAACAACAACAACAACAGCAAAAUGCAUCUCUUCAUUUAUCGCCGAAUGGUAAUAACCUUGAUCAUCAUCACCAUCAUCAUAAUCAUCAUCAUCAACAACAACAUUCAAUAUCACCAUCAUCAACAUUAUCUUCGACAACAACAACAACGACCUUAUCAACAUCGGGAUCAUCAUCAUCAUCAUCAUCGUCAUCAUCAUCAACAACUCCAUCAUCAUCAACAUCAAUUUCAUUAUCGACAGCAAACCCGAACCAAAAACAAGUGCCGAAUAUGAAUAAAAUCAAUUGUGGUAGUAGUAAUACAAGUGCAUGUAAUGGAAAUGAAAAUUCCAAUUCCAACAACAAUCAUUUGAAUACAAAUGGCCAAAAUUUUUAUAAAUCAUCACCAGCAUCAAUGUUAGAUACAUUGACAUUGAAACAAUCAAUUAUCAAUGAUAAUAAUGAUGAUGAAUUGAUUCAAUCAUCAUUAUAUGAUUUACAACAACAAUCAAAUACAUUUACAGAAUCAUCAUAUCUUUUACAAUCACAUCAUCAUCAUCAACAGAAUAAUAAUAAUAAUAAGCAAAUGCAACCACCAUCGUCAUCAUCAUCAUCAUCAUUGUCAUCACAGCAACAAACCUAUAUGGAUCUAUAUGGAAAUCCACCUGGUCAAUAUAAUUCAUAUUCGAAUGCAUAUGAUACGAACAAUACUCUUUAUGAUAUUUAUCAACCGAAUAAUAAUCAUAAUCAUCAACAACAACAACAAACAUUAUAUCAUUCAAAUGACUUAGGCAAUUUUCAUUCGGGUAAUGGCAACAAUAAUCUGGAAUAUGAUUUUGAUCAGAUGCAAUCAGAUUUAUUGCUAACUUGUGGCGGUGGUGUUGGUGGUGCUGAUUCAAUGAUUGAUCAAGGAAUGCAACAAAAUUUAAUUACAGCCGAUAUGACCGGAAAUGAUUUUAAUAAUCAUCAUCAACAACAACAAAAUAAUCUACAACAUACGGCAUUUACUAAUCAACAACAACAACAUCACAAUAACAAUCAAAGCGGUAUACCAGAUUCACCACCUAUGAAUUGUCCACCAUUAGUAUCACAUCAUAAAACGGGUAGCCAAUUAUCCUUACAACAACAACAACAACAACAACAACAAUCGGCAACAUCAACAAAUUUGAACACUACCAAUCAAGAAUCAUCAUCAUCAUCAUCACCAAUGAUGGAGAUUGGCAUCUAUAAUAAUAAUAAUAAUAAUAAUUCUAUUCAACAACAACAGCAGCUACAUAGACAACAAUCAUCACCAACAUCAUAUAUAACAUUGAGCAAUAGCUCAACAACAGUUACGAAUGUUGAUAAUGAUACUAAUACAAAUAAUAAUGGUGAAUAUCAUCAUGCUCAUCAUCAUUUAUCUAAUGGGAAUCAAACAAUUGAUCAUCAUUUACAAGCAUAUGCUCAUCAACAACAUCAUCAAACAAUGUUUGAAACAACAACAACUACAACUUCAGCAACAUCGACGACAACAACAUCAUCAUCAUCACCAUCAUCAUCACUAACAAAAUUAUCUCAAUCUUUAAGAUCAUCACCAUCAUUAACAUCAUCAUCAACGAUUGCAUAUCAAUUGGAAUUAACACAAACACCAUCGAUAUCUAUUGAAUCAUCACCAACAAAUAAUAUUCAUAAAAAUGUUGGUAAUGGUGGAAUUGGCAAUUUGGUUAAUUUAAAUGAUGAAAAAAAUGUUGGUCCAUCACCACCACCACCACCAACACAGGUUCCAGUAUCAAGAUCUUGGGUUCACUAGUCAUCACCAAAUUAAGAAGAAAUCUAAAUGUUUAAUAAAUGUAUGAAUGAUUGAAACUUGUUUACCUGUGGUAUAUCAAUGUCCACAUAUAUCACGAUAAC